AGUAGUUAAAAUGACCACAGCAGCGAGGCCAACAUUUGAACCUGCCAGAGGAGGAAGAGGAAAAGGUGAAGGAGACUUAAGUCAGCUAUCAAAACAAUAUUCCAGCAGAGACCUUCCUUCUCACACUAAAAUAAAAUACAGGCAGGCCACUCAAGAUGCUCCCGAGGAGGUGCGCAACCGUGACUUCAGAAGGGAGCUGGAGGAGAGAGAGAGGGUGGCUGCAAGAGAAAAGAAUAGAGACAGACCAACCAGAGAACACACAACAUCAUCUUCUGUGUCUAAGAAGCCUCGGCUAGACCAGAUUCCUGCAGCAAACCUUGAUGCAGAUGAUCCACUUACUGAUGAGGAUGAUGAAGAUGAGGACUUGGAAGACAGUGAUGACGAUGACACUGCAGCUCUUCUGGCUGAACUAGAAAAAAUAAAGAAAGAACGAGCUGAGGAACAGGCUCGAAAGGAACAAGAGCAGAAGCCAGCCCUGCCCCAGGCAAACUUCAAAGUGAAGAGGAGAUGGGAUGAUGAUGUUGUCUUCAAGAAUUGUGCCAAGGGGAUAGAUGAAAAUAAAAAGGACAAAAGAUUUGUGAAUGAUACCCUGCGAUCAGAAUUCCACAAGAAGUUCAUGGAAAAAUAUAUCAAGUAGUACAGGUUUAUGUUCCCUGGUGCUGAAGGACUUGGAAGGUCAUGGUUAUUCCCUCCCUCUCCCUCAGAAUUCAAAGCUGAAUACAUGGUCAUGAAUUCCCAAAUGCUUUUCC